AUGAGCGACGACGAAGGCUCAGCUGCCUCGUUUGAGGCCUCGCGGCUCGGCCGCAAGGACCACUGGGACGGCGUGUACGACCGCGAGAUCAACAACUUUGCCGAGACCGGCGACAUUGGGGAGAUCUGGUUCGGCGAAGACAGCGCCAACAAGAUGGUCGAGUGGGUGUGCCGCAACAUUGACGACGCUGAUGCGCGCAUCCUCGAUGUUGGGUGCGGCAACGGCCACCUGCUGCUGGGCCUCGCCGAGGAGGGCUACACGAACCUGACUGGCACCGACUACUCGGCGCAGGCAGUCGAGCUGGCCACGCGCAUUGCCAAGCAGCGUGGCCAGGAGAUCACGUACAGGGUGCAGGACUUUUUGAACCCUGCGGAUGUCUCGCUGGUCGCUGGGGAACGCAAAUUCGAUGUGGUUUUGGAUAAGGGCACGUAUGAUGCCAUUUGCCUGAAGCCCAAGGAGGGCGACGAGGAGGGUGCCCAGAUCGAUACUGGCGCGCGCGACGUAUACGCAGCAUCGGUGUUCCAUAGCCUGAGCACCGACGGCGUGUUCCUGAUCACAUCGUGCAAUUGGACCGAAGACGAGCUGGUUGCCAGGUUCGCGCCACAUCUGAAGCUGGUUGGCCGCGUCAAGCACCGGUCGUUCCAGUUUGGCGGCGUUGUUGGUCAGACGGUCACCACAGCCGCAUUCAAAAAGAGCUAG